GGUACUCACGGCUCUACCGCAGCGCCUCCCCUUCUUUCUAUCGCUCUCCUCCCCUCGCAAGCACGUCCCUCUGGAACUCAGAAACCCCAACGGCAGGAAUCAGAUGAUUUGCAACUUGUAGUGAAAGAUGGCAUUUUGGGGUCGUGUUAGACCGUUGAGAUUCAAAUUCUGGUCUUAUCAAUGCAAGAGAUGGCACUCUCAUAUCUACGGAGUCGCGUCGAUUGAUUACAUCUCCGAAGGCCGGAGAGCAGCGGAGAAGAUCCAUCCGUUCGUUCCCCGGAGACCCACAGAGCAGUACUUCGCAACGAGGUUUUUCGCGGCUCCCGUCCAGGUGGUGAAGCCGAAAAAGGAAGAGAAAGAUCAUCGAGGGCCUCGGAUGAAUAUGGCGAUCACAUCGGAGUAUGUUAGGCUUGUUACCGACGAAGGGCAUAGCAUCGUGUCACGACGUGAGGCACUGGAUCGUGCAAUGAAGCUCAAACUUGAUUUGGUUGAGGUUGGACGAGAUGCAAAGCCACCUGUUUGUAAGAUAAUGGACUAUCAUAAAGAGAAAUACAAACGACAAGCAACUAUUAAGGAUCGUUUGAAAAAAAAGCCAGAAGUUCUCAAAGGUGAUUGCAAAGAGGUCCGCUUUACGGGAAAAAUUGAACAAAAAGACCUUCAAAUGAAAGCUGAAAUGGUCAAGAGACAGAUGGAACGUGGCUACAGGGUGAAGUGCAUGGCCAUGGGUACGGAAAAUGAAGAUUUGGCAGGAUUGCUAUCACGUUUUUCAGCUCUGAUAGAAGAUGUUGCUUUUGUGGAAAGUGGUCCAUUUGUGGAGAAAAGGCAGGCAUAUGUAUUAGUCAGACACAGCAAGUUUGGACCAACGAAGAAAGGGAAAAAACCUGCAAAGACUGUGGAAGCUGUGAGUAGUGAGGUUCACACGGUGGCUGCGUCACGGCCAACAAACAUUAUUACCAGCUCGGUCCAGAUGCCUCCCCACAUUAAAGAAGAAGCGGAUCCUUCUGAGCAUGGUUUGGACACUGAACAUGAUGUAUUCUCUGAUCAAGAAGUCGAUGCACUGCAUUCUUCUGAAGUCCACCUCACGGCUCCAGCAGAUAUGCCUGAAAGCAACCUCGGCGAAAAAACGACUUGGUCAGAUUUCGAUGGGACUGAUGAUUUUGAAAAAGUAUUUGGUUUUAGUGAUGAAACAAUGGAUAGUGUUGAUGGUCCUUCGGAAGAUACCAAUAUUACGGAACUGUUGCAUCAGAAGCUUCCUGACACUUCAAUUGCCAAUGGGUCGGGCAAAAAUCAAAGACAGAUAUUUGAGAGUGGCACAAGUGCUGAACUGCGUUUUGGCCCUCCAGCUUUGAAACCUGUACCUGAUGACCCUGUGAAAGCAAAACCAGCAUUUGGGAAGGUAGAGAUCGGCAAAGCGUUCACUCCCCCUAAUCUUUCAACUCCAGGUGAGACUUGGCAUAGUGGAAGAAGUGAACUGAAGACCAGGUUCCAGCCUAUGAAACCAACUGAGAGAAGCAGCCAAGGUACCGAAACUAAAUUCCCAGCCUGGCCUGCUGAUUUUCCUCCUGAAGUUGAAAGAACCCAUGUGAAUAACAGGGGCCCAGGUAGAAAUGAGUCGGUACGACCAGACCGUGCAUCACUAAAUCAAAGAUGGCAACCACAACAAGUUCCAACCGCUUCUCUGUCUACAGAACAGAAGCUAUCGAAGGAUCCCUGCAUUGAUGAAAACCGAAAGAAUGGUCCUUCAGAUCCAAAGGAAGGACGGUCUGCAUCAAGUUAUGGCAUUUUCAGUGCACCAAAAACUGCUGCAUCUGGAGAUCGAAGGAUCCCAGCAGAAGAGAACAUCACAAAGGGUCCUGGCCUAGGUGGGAGUGGCCGUAAUCAGGACCCACCAAAACUGAGAUCCGAGAACCAAAGGCAGGAUGCUGAUAAGGCCCAACGAGGGGGAUGGGGAAUAUUCAGUGGAGAGACCACUAGCCCCGACCAGCAUAGGAGCACUGACAGUCGAAUGGAAGUGCAAAGAUAAUCCAAAUUGCUAAUUGAAAUCCAUAUAUUUAUUUCCAAGGAACUUUGAAUGUGUGUCAGUCUGCUUGGUGCAUGAGAUCCCAACUGAUCAUCAAGUGGGCCUACCUUCAAUUGGCCAAUCCUAAAAUUUUACACAAAUCCCAACCCUUGGAUUUGACAAUUUUUUUAAAGGAAAAAAGUGCAUGGCCAAUGGAACUGUGGUUGAAUCUUUUACCCCAGAGUUUUCCGCAUGGCACAUUGGAUUGCAUGAUGAUUGGUUCAGAUCUCAUUUGAAAAAACAAGUAACAAACAACAUAAUCUAGCCCUGUAUUUUUAUUUUUAUAAAGGCGGCUUUCAUGACCUUGGUCAAGAUGCACUUGCGUGAUCUGCGAUAACAUCUUUGCUGCUUUCCUUCAAAUACUUGAAUAUGUGGGAAGAUUUGUAACUUGAUGUAGUGCAGUUCUGCCAUUUUGUAGCAGAUCUAGUUUAUUCCUUGAUUAAAAUGAUUAUUGUUCAAUUAUCAUAAUUCGACUGCCAACCAGGUGCCAAUUCGACUUUC